AUGCCCUCCGCCGCCGAGAACUUGCCCGCCCCCGUGGCCGACAAGCUUCCCCGCCUGCCAGAGACAAAGGAGGAGCUCCAAGAAACCAAGGAGGCCGCCAAGUCGGGGCUGUUAUCGCAGCUGCGCGCCCUGGCCGCCGGCGGCUUUGGCGGCAUUUGCGCCGUCGUCGUCGGCCACCCAUUCGACCUGGUCAAGGUGCGGCUGCAGACGGCCGAGCGCGGCGUGUAUUCGUCGGCUGUCGACGUCGUGAGGAAGAGCGUUGCGCGGGACGGCCUGAGGAGAGGGCUGUACGCCGGUGUGAGCGCACCGCUCGUGGGCGUCACGCCCAUGUUUGCCGUCUCCUUUUGGGGAUACGACCUCGGCAAGCAAAUCGUCUCGGCCACGUCCACCGUCGGGCCCGACGGCCUGUCCAUCGGCCAAAUAUCGACGGCCGGCUUCCUGUCCGCCGUGCCCAUGACGGCCAUCACCGCGCCCUUUGAGCGCGUCAAGGUCAUCCUCCAGGUCCAGGGCCAGAAGCAGCUCGCGCCCGGCGAGAAGCCCAAGUACAACGGCGGCCUCGACGUCGUCCGCCAGCUGUACCGCGAGGGCGGCGUCCGCAGCGUCUUCCGGGGCAGCGCCGCCACUCCCGCCCGAGACGGGGCCGGGGCACGGAAGAGCGUUGCGCGGGACGGCCUGAGGAGAGGGCUGUACGCCGGUGUGAGCGCACCGCUCGUGGGCGUCACGCCCAUGUUUGCCGUCUCCUUUUGGGGAUACGACCUCGGCAAGCAAAUCGUCUCGGCCACGUCCACCGUCGGGCCCGACGGCCUGUCCAUCGGCCAAAUAUCGACGGCCGGCUUCCUGUCCGCCGUGCCCAUGACGGCCAUCACCGCGCCCUUUGAGCGCGUCAAGGUCAUCCUCCAGGUCCAGGGCCAGAAGCAGCUCGCGCCCGGCGAGAAGCCCAAGUACAACGGCGGCCUCGACGUCGUCCGCCAGCUGUACCGCGAGGGCGGCGUCCGCAGCGUCUUCCGGGGCAGCGCCGCCACUCUCGCCCGCGACGGGCCCGGGUCCGCCGCCUACUUCGCCGCCUACGAGUACAUCAAGCGCGCGCUGAGCCCCAAGGACGCCCUCACCGGCAGGCCCACGGGCGAGCUGAGCCUGACGGCCAUCACCUGCGCCGGUGCCGCCGCCGGCGUCGCCAUGUGGAUCCCCGUCUUCCCCGUCGACACGGUCAAGUCUCGACUGCAGACGGCGGAGGGCAAUGUCACGCUCGGCGGCGUCAUCCGUGAGCUGUACGGCAAGGGCGGCUUCAAGGCCUUCUUCCCGGGCUUCGGACCUGCUCUUGCGCGUGCUGUGCCUGCGAAUGCUGCUACCUUCUUGGGCGUGGAGCUGGCUCACCAGGCCAUGAGGAAGGCUUUUGACUAA